AUGUCGUUUUUGAAGGUGGUUACAUUGUGGUAUCGGCCGCCAGACGUUUUAUUUGGAGCGAAAUUGUAUAACACCUCUAUAGAUAUGUGGUCAGCAGGUUGCAUCUUUGCUGAGAUUUCAAAUGCUGGUCGACCGCUUUUCCCUGGCGCAGACGUCGACGAUCAGCUAAAAAGGAUAUUUAAACAGUUGGGAACACCAACCGAUGACACCUGGCCUGGCCUGUCGCAGCUGCCGGAUUUCAAGGCAAGGGACAUUCUGUGCCGUACUUUCAAGAUAAUUUCUGCAUGA